AACGGCUUCCACGACGCGUUCAUCGAGGAGGGCACGUUCCUCUUCACCUCCGAGUCUGUGGGGGAAGGCCACCCAGCUAUUUCAAGGAACUUUCGAUCCCAGCCUGAAAACCUCACCUAGUGAAGAUCGUUAUUCUACUAGACGGGUCCAGCCCUUUCUUGGGAUGACCACAGUGACAGAUGCCUCGUCUGUUGGCUUAAGGAUCCAUUUCUCUCUAGCAAGCUUACUGUGCCUAUGAUGAAAUCCCACGAGCAACCUAGUGGUAGAGGAGAGGACAAACCCCGAGAUCCUGAUGAGUGAAGAUAAGAUUUGUGACCAGAUUAGUGAUGCUGUUCUCGAUGCCCACCUUCAGCAGGACCCUGAUGCCAAAGUGGCUUGUGAAACUGUUGCUAAAACUGGAAUGAUCCUUCUUGCUGGGGAAAUUACAUCCAGAGCUGCUGUUGACUACCAGAAAGUGGUUCGUGAAACCAUUAAACACAUUGGAUAUGAUGAUUCUUCCAAAGGGUUUGACUACAAGACUUGUAACGUGCUAGUGGCCUUGGAGCAACAGUCACCAGAUAUUGCUCAAGGUGUUCAUCUUGAUCGGAAUGAGGAAGACAUUGGUGCAGGAGACCAGGGUUUGAUGUUUGGUUAUGCCACUGAUGAAACAGAGGAAUGUAUGCCUUUAACCAUUGUCUUAGCACACAAGCUCAAUGCCAAACUGGCUGAACUACGCCGGAAUGGCACUUUGCCUUGGUUACGCCCAGAUUCUAAAACUCAAGUGACUGUGCAGUAUAUGCAGGACCGAGGUGCUGUGCUUCCCAUCAGGGUCCACACGAUUGUUAUAUCUGUUCAGCAUGAUGAAGAAGUUUGUCUUGAUGAGAUGAGGGAUGCCCUAAAGGAGAAAGUCAUCAAAGCCGUCGUACCUGCAAAGUAUCUUGAUGAGGAUACAAUCUAUCAUCUACAGCCAAGUGGCAGAUUUGUUAUUGGUGGGCCUCAGGGUGAUGCUGGUUUGACUGGCCGGAAAAUCAUUGUGGACACUUACGGUGGUUGGGGAGCUCAUGGAGGAGGUGCCUUUUCAGGAAAGGAUUAUACCAAGGUGGACCGUUCAGCUGCUUAUGCUGCUCGUUGGGUGGCAAAGUCCCUUGUUAAAGGAGGUCUGUGCAGAAGGGUUCUUGUUCAGGUCUCUUAUGCUAUUGGAGUAUCUCAUCCAUUGUCUAUCUCCAUUUUCCAUUAUGGCACCUCUCAGAAGAGUGAGAGAGAGCUAUUAGAGAUUGUGAAGAAGAAUUUUGACCUCCGCCCUGGGGUCAUUGUCAGGGAUCUGGAUCUGAAGAAGCCAAUUUAUCAGAGGACUGCAGCCUAUGGCCACUUUGGUAGGGACAGCUUCCCAUGGGAAGUGCCCAAAAAGCUUAAAUAUUGAAAGUGUUAGCCUUUUUUCCCCAGACUUGUUGGCGUAGGCUACAGAGAAGCCUUCAAGCUCUGAGGGAAAGGGCCCUUCUUCCUAAAUUUUCCUGUCCUCUUUCAGCUCCUGAUCAGUUGCAGUCACUCUAGUCAAUGACAUGAAUUUUAGCUUGUGUGGGGGACUGUAAGUUGGGCUUGCUAUUCUGUCCCUAGGUGUUUUGUUCACCAUUAUAAUGAAUUUAGUGAGCAUAGGUGAUCCAUGUAACUGCCUAGAAACAAACCAACAGCACUGUAGUAAACAAUGCUUUGAAAUUGAACCUUUGUGCCCUAUCACCCAACCUUCUAAAAUCCUAAUUGCAUUGACUUUCCCACCAAAUGCUGAAAAUGUCCUUGUAAUGUGCACGUAAAGUACUUGUAGUUCCAUUAUAGCCUCUGUCUGGCAAUGCCACAGCCCUAUCAGCAUGAAUUUGUAAUGUCUUGAGCUCUAUUAUGAAUGUGAAGCCUUCCCUUAUCCUCCCUUUAACUUGAUCCAUUUCUAAUUAUGUAGCUCUUUGUCAGGGAGUGUUCUCUAUCCAAUCAUUCUUGCAUGUAACGCAAGUUCCAGUUGGAGCUCUAGCCUGACAUGAGAAA